CUCCAAGACACAAAAAACCGUUGACAAUGACAAUACAACUAUAAGAUUCCAGCCGAAGCAUGCGCCUUCGUCGCUUUCAAAUAACCCCGCGAUUCAGCAGCCAUGGGCAGUACUGCCAGCAAGCCGUCCGCGCAAGAUGAGGCGAUUCUCAACCUCAAAAUCCAGCGCGACAGGCUGCAUAAAUACCAGAAGCGGAUUACGGUGAUCACAGCCCGAGAACACGCUAUUGCAGCGACGCUGCUGAAGCAGGGUGACCGUCCGCGUGCACUGUUGGCGCUGCGGCGGAAGAAGUACCAAGAAAGUCUGCUGGCGAAGACGGAUGCGCAGCUAGAGCAGCUAGAGGUGCUGACGAGUAGUGUGGAGUUUGCGCUGGUGCAGAAGGAUGUGGUGUUUGGGCUGAGGGAGGGGACGAGGGUGUUGACGGAGAUUCAGAAGGAGAUGGGAGGGUUAGAGCAGGUGGAGAAGUUGAUGGGGGAGACGGCGGAGGCGGUGGCUUAUCAGCAGGAGGUCAGUGAUAUGUUGGGAGGGAAGAUCUCGAAUCAGGAUGAGGAUGAGGUGGAGGAUGAGCUUGAGGCACUAGAGGCGCAAGUUACAGGCGUGAUGCCGAGUGUGCCUACGACGAAGCUGCCUAGCAAGGAGAGGGCGGGGGCUAGGGAGAAGCAGAGGGAAGAGCAAAGAGAGGAGAGGCAAGCGAUGUUGGCGUCUUGAUUUGUGUAUAUGUGAGUGCCUUAGUUGAAUUCGACGAGAUAAAGGUUACAUAUGGCUAGAUGACUACUUGGGCUAUUAUGGAUGGACAUGAACAUCGGCAAGGCGUUUGGAUGAGAAGAAUCAUAGAGGAACCCAAGCAUGAGCAGAGCGCAGCGCAUAGUUACAAACAUUAUUGAAAUAA